AUGAGCAGAACAAUAAUACUAUUGAGAAGUGCCAGAAGGCAAGCUUUACUUAACGGGCACUCAAACUUACAGCUAAGUCCAUCCAUUGCCAGCUUGGUCACCCUUCGCCCCUUGAGAAAUUACUCCACUGCGAAUCCAUCUACUCCUAGGACACUUAAGCCAUCUACAUUUGCACAACCUAACGUCGGUGGAACUUCCGGAUCGCAGCCCUCAUUGUCGCUCAAUAAUAAUAUCAGCAGUGUGCCCCAGCAGGACAUAGAUGAUUUCAAUAUAACCAAGCUUAUCCAUGGGCAGACGGAUCUUCAGAUCGCUAUAACGUCAAGAGCCAGCCAAAAGCUCACCAACAUCGCAAAGGACGAUAAGAACCCCCGUACUGCAUUGAAGAUCAACGUCGAAAGUGGUGGGUGUCAUGGAUUCCAAUAUAACUUGGUAUUAUCCGAUUUGGACAAGGAAAUUGCGCUUGCUAAGGAAGAGGACCAGGAGGAUGAGUUGCUAGUGUUUCAAAGGAAGGAAGCGGGCCAAACUGCUUUCGUAAUUCUCGAUGAAAGCUCAUUGCAAAUUUUACAAGAUUCCAAAAUCGAUUUUACGAAGGAACUUAUCGGGUCUAGUUUCAAAGUGGUGGACUCUCCUUACACAUCUACUGCUUGUGGUUGUGGAGCAUCGUUCGACUUUGAUUUUGAAAAGCUUGAGCAAAAGAUGAAAGAGAAGGAACAGAAGUGA